AUGGCCUCUGGAGUGUUUGGUACCGUCAUUUCAGAAGAGACGGUAACAGCCACCGGAGAGUACAAGGAGCCCGUUACCCAAAAGGAUGUGGCAGACUAUGCCAUGAAGAUGAUCAACGCCGGUGGCAAGGAUGUUGACGCACAAAAGUUCCUCGACAACCUCAAGGACAGGUACGGUAAUGGAAUAACUGCCAAAUGCCUCAUCUACAAUGCCACCGGUACCACUUUGAACUUUUCUGACUACUACGAUUGGCACGGCCUUGUCUACGAGACACCCUACCCGUCACAGAUUCAGAAUGGGCAAUGGGGGGCAUUUCUUCACGUCCACAGUACUGCAGCUUUGCAUGGUUCAGAGGGUGCCGUUGUGUAUCGCACCAAGCUCCCCUCCGGCACCAGCUCGUGUGACUGGCUCUUCUCUUGGUGCAUCCCCUUCUUUGGUGGCAACACGGUGUACACCGAACUCGGUGAGCAAGGGCACUUCCCUCCCAACUGGCGCUAUAUCAAUGAGAAGCUUGAUAAAUAUGCAACUGGCAGCUCUACUCAUAGCAAGUAUGGAUAUCUUACCAAUGCUGAGAUCGGUGGAGGCACUACCACUGACACGCGUGCAGUUUUCCAGCUUCCCUACUAG